ACCAUUAACCAUUUCUUUCACCCUCAUUGUUGGUGAGUCACAACGGUAAAAUGACUGACGAUGAUGUAGUAUACUCUGAUGUGAAGUUCAUAAAAUCGACGGGAAAAGCCACUGGGGAAGCUUUCCCACCGGCUGAAACCACGUACGCUGGAGUCAGGAAAACUGAGCCAUCCACAGAGCUUCCUGCAGGCUCCCAGCAACAGGCAGUGCCAAAUGGAGGGUCAAAGAUCACAUCAGAGAGAGUGGCCAUAGCAGUUCUCAGUGCUCUCCUGGCUGCUGCUGCUAUUGCUCUUGGCUUUACCUCUCACAAAAACAGUCAAACCAUGGAAGAGCUCCAGAAGUUGACGGCGGUGAACAAAAAUCUCACAGGGAGACACUGUGAAGUAAAAACCUGCAACUUGUCCACAACGUGCCCACAACCUCCAGACAGCAAAAUACCUGUGACAUGUCUGAAAUGUCAAGAAGGCUGGGAGAAACAUGGAGGACACUGCUAUUAUUUCUCCACCAAUCGUUUACUCUGGAAUAGGAGCAGAGAAGAAUGCCGACGUAAAGGAGGAGAUCUGGUUCAGAUAGACAGCAAAGAGGAGCAGUCAUUCCUGGCGAUGAAACUGCAAGACAAGAUGAACUUUCCUGAGGACAAGUUCUGGAUCGGACUGACAGACUCACAGGAAGAGGGUGCAUGGUUGUGGGUAGAUGGCUCACCGCUGAACAUCAGUUUGGCAUUUUGGAGCGACAGAGAGCCAGACGACUGGAAAGGGGAGGAUAAAGAUGGAGAGGACUGUGCAAGGAUGGGAGAGAAAGGAUCAUCAGACCUGAACUCUUGGCUUGAUAAAUCCUGCAAAAUGUCUCAGAAAAGCAUUUGUGAGAAAUCAGCAGAAACUGGACGUAUACAGUGCAUCUGAAAUAAGGCUGAACUGAAGUCGCACUCUGCCCGUAAACAACCUCAGUACUAGAUAAUAUAGAGCUAAGCUAUUUUUAUUCAGGUAAUGUAAAUAAAUAAAUUAAUAAAUAAACUAACCAUUAAAAUACUUGCUCAACAGUUAAUGAGGAGACCAUAAUAAUAGAUAAUUAGUGGUUGAGGCAAUAUUUAGAUUUUUCUGAAGUAAAAGUAUCCUGUUGCAAGAAGUCCUGCGUUGUAAAUAUUACUCAAGCUAAAGUAUGUAUCAUCAGGAAAUUAUUCAAUUAAAAAAUGUCCCCUGUCCUCUAUUAUUGUAUCUGAUAUCAUUAGAUUAUUAGAAUUCAUGCAUUCAUGUGAAAGCAGGAUCUUAAUGCUGUAGCUGGUUGAGCUGGGGCUCAUUUGAUGAUGAUUUUCAUUGUGGGUGAAUCUGUUAUUUAUUUUCUCAACGGAUCAAACCUGAAAAUGAUUUAAAAAAAAUAAAAUAAAGCAGCAAAUCUUCACAUUCAUGACGCUGGAACGAUGAAAUGUUUUUUGCAUGAAAAAUGACUCAUAGCUGCCAAUUAUUUUUCUGUCAAUCGACUAAUUGAUUCAUCGAAAACCUGUUUUUGAUUGUAUUUGUACAAACUGUUAGGUAGUUUAAUUUAAAACAAAACGUUCUGUCUUAUCAGAUCUGUGUAAGUUUUGUGUGCAAACAUCUUAAUUUAUAAAGUAACUAGUAACUAAAGCUGUCAAAUAACUGUUGUGAAGUAGAAUAAUUCCCUUUGAAAUUUAGUGAAGGAGAAGUACAAAGUGGUAUGAAGAGGAAAGGCUCAAGUAAAGUACAAGUACUUCAGAUCUGUACUAAAGUAAAGUACUUGAGUAAACGUACUUAAUUAGAUUUCACCAUUGCAAAGAGCAGACAGUGAGAAUGGUCAGUGAUUGUGUAGAAGGAGCUUUUUACUGUGCUUCUUCAUAUUUGCCGCCUGUAGAAAUGCAUUAAAC